UCGGAUGGUUAAAAUAGCCGUACAGUUCAAGCUGUGUCGUGAAAAUCAAACACGAGUUUAUAAACAUCAGUUGCGUAUCAAUACGGGAAUGGGAGAGCAGCCGUUGAGAGUGCUUGCAUGUGGCGAUGUGGUAGGACGAAUCAACGCUCUCUUCAACCGUGUGCGGGCCAUUCAGAAAAAGAGCGGCCAGUUUGACCUGCUGCUAUGUGUAGGUGACUUCUUCGGCUCCUCGGCUGAGGCCGAGGCAGAAUGGCAGGAGUUCAAAUCUGGAGCAAAAAAAGCACCCAUCCACACCUACAUCCUUGGGGCUGCCAGCCAGGAAACAGUAAAGUACUUCCCCAGUGCAGAUGGUUGUGAGCUGGCUGACAACAUCACCUACCUGGGGCGCCGGGGUGUGUUCACGGGGGCGUCAGGGCUACAGAUAGCGUACGUGAGCGGGCGAGAGGCCCUCCAGGAACCGGCUCCAGCGCACUGUUUCAGCCCCAAAGACCUAGGCGCCCUCGUGGGUCCGCUGGCCAACAACACCAAGUUCAAGGGAGUGGACAUCCUUCUCACCUCCCAGUGGCCCAAAGGUGUCUGGCAGUACGGAAACAACCCUGAGCUCAAUACGAAGUUCUGUGGAUCCAACUCCAUCGCCAGCCUGGCUGACAAGCUGAAGCCUCGCUACCACUUUGCGGCCACUGAGGGAGUUCACUAUGAGAGGCUGCCGUACAGAAAUCACGUGGUCCUUCAGGAGAACGCCCAGCACGUCAGCCGAUUCAUCUCCUUGGCCACCGUCAACAACCCCGCCAAGAAGAAGUAUCUGUACGCCUUCAGCAUUGUGCCGAUGAAGAGCAUGGACGCGGCGGAGCUGGUGAAGCAGCCCCAGGAUGUGACGGAGAACCCCUACCGUCGGGCGGGGAGGGAGGCGGGGAGGAUAGUCAUCCCCGAGGCUACAGGGGAGGAGGAGCCGGCUUCCCAGUUCUUCUUUGAUCUGAGCAAAAAGCAGGGCGGGGGGCACAGGGGCCGUGGCAGGAAGCGCCCUUCAGACGAAGACAGGCGUGGCCAGGGCCAGGCCUGGGACGGAGGGGACAGGCAGGGCCGGGGCCAGCCCCUGGAAGGAGACGGCCAGGCGUGGGGGGGAGACAUGCCACCCAAACAGCCCCGCAGGCCCCCCCAGCCCACUGGCCCCUGCUGGUUCUGUCUGGCCAGUCCUCAGGUGGAGAAACACCUGGUCAUCAGCAUUGGCACGCAUUGUUAUUUGGCCAUGGCGAAGGGAGGUCUAACCCCGCAGCACAUGCUGGUGCUGCCCAUCGGCCACAUCCAGGCUGUGGUGCACAUGGGCCAGGAGGAGGUGGAGGAGCUGCAGCGCUACAAGGAGGCCGUCCGCAGCUUCUACAAGAGCAAGGGGCUCCGCUGCGUGGUGUUCGAGAGGAACUACCGCAGCCAGCACCUACAGCUGCAGGUUGUACCUGUACCCAUGGACAAGUGUUCCUCUGAGGAAAUAAAGGAGGCCUUCAUGGUGCAUGCUGAGGAGCAACACAUAGAGAUGAUGGAGAUCCCAGAACACACAGACCUCAAACAGAUCGCUCCCCCUGGGACGCCCUACUUCUACGCGGAACUGGACUCCGGCGAGAAACUCUACCACCGCAUUCAGAAACACUUCCCUCUGCAGUUCGGCCGGGAGGUCCUGGCUAGCCAAGCCGUGCUGAACAUUCCCGAGCGGGCAGACUGGAAGGAGUGCAAGCAGACGAGAGAGGAGGAGGACGAGUGUUGCAAACGGCUGCGAGACGCCUUCCAGCCCUUCGACUUCGCCUUGGACGACUGAGAAAAAACGCCCGCGCGCGGGAGGAGGGAGUCUUUGUUUCUGGGUCGUAUACGGCAUCCAUGUUAAGCAAAAUGAACUGAAAUGGUAUCCUCGUUACGUUUUCGGAGUACACUGCCCAAUGUUUGUAAAGAAGGCGUCAUGCUUUAUUUUGUAAAAGGAAAUUGAUUAAACUCUUAACGUUUGGCAAAUU